CCUCUCACUUGCUUCUGGCCCCAAAGCCCGGGUAGAAUCCUGCGUCCUCGCCACUGGAACUCAGCCUGGAAGAGACCGGCCCUGGAAAGUCCUGUUUGAUCAGUGUGACCCUGGGAACACCGGCUACAUCAGCUCAGGCAAGUUCCGCAGCCUCCUGGAGAGCCACAGCUCCAAGCUGGACCCGCACAAAAGGGAGGUGCUCCUGGCUCUGGCCGACAGCCACACCGAUGGGCAGAUCUGCUACCAGGACUUUGUCAACCUGAUGAGCAACAAGCGGUCCAACAGCUUCCGCCAGGCCAUCCUGCAGGGGAACCGCCGGCUCUGCAGCAAGGCCCUGCUGGAGGAGAAAGGGCUGAACCUCUCCCAGCGCCUCAUCCGGCACGUGGCCUACGAGACCCUGCCCCGGGAGAUUGACCGCAAGUGGUACUACGACAGCUACACCUGCUGCCCCCCACCCUGGUUCAUGAUCACCAUCACCCUGCUGGAGGUGGCCUUUUUCCUCUACAACGGAGUGUCGCUGGAUCAGUUUGUGCUGCAGGUGACCCAUCCUCGGUACCUGCAGAACGCACUGGUUUACCAUCCACAGCUCCGAGCGCAGGCGUGGCGCUACCUGACGUACAUCUUCAUGCACGCCGGGAUAGAACACCUGGGCCUCAAUGUGGUGCUGCAGCUCCUGGUGGGGGUGCCCUUGGAGAUGGUGCAUGGAGCGACCCGCAUUGGGCUGGUCUACGUGGCUGGUGUGGUGGCAGGAUCCUUGGCGGUGUCUGUGGCUGACAUGACCGCGCCCGUCGUGGGCUCCUCUGGAGGGGUGUACGCGCUUGUCUCUGCCCAUCUGGCCAACAUCGUGAUGAACUGGUCAGGCAUGAAGUGCCAAUUCAAGCUGCUGCGGAUGGGUGUGGCCUUGAUCUGUAUGAGCAUGGAGUUCGGGCGGGCUGUGUGGCUCCGGUUCCACCCGUCGGCCUAUCCCCCGUGCCCUCACCCGAGCUUCGUGGCACACUUGGGUGGCGUGGCCGUGGGCAUCACCCUGGGCGUGGUGGUCCUGAGGAACUAUGAGCAGAGGCUGCAGGACCAGUCGCUGUGGUGGAUCUUUGUGGCCAUGUACACCAUCUUUGUGCUGUUCGCUGUCUUCUGGAAUAUCUUUGCCUACACCCUGCUGGACCUAAAGCUGCCCCCACCCCCCUGACGGCUGGAGGACCAGAGGUCGGGGAGGGGAGGGCGAAGCGGCAUCAGAAAGGAGCAUCUGGAUUCUGUUUUCUCAUCACCAGCUCAGGGAGGCCGGGAGGAGAGGACGAGAGAUGCUGGGCCGACAGUGGAGGCUCUGUUCCAAAAGGCACCUGCUGGGGAAGUUGGAUUGGCUACUGUUGUUUUUCUAGACUCUUCCAAAGACAUUGGGCCAGCAAAGGCCUGGGGGGGCUGGAGUGGCUGUCCCUUUUGGGAGGGCUGAGAGCAGCCUCAUCCUCCACCCUGCGAGACCAUAGAGCAGGGGUGGGGACCCUUCUUACUGCCAACGGCCAUCUGGGUAUUUAUAACAUCAUUCUCGGACCACACAAAAUCAACUUAAACAUCAGCAUGCUAGAUUUGGUCAAACACUUAACUCACCUGUAAUGCCUUGGCAGGGCCAGACCAAAUGUUUUCCCAGGCCUUAUAUGGCCCUCGGGCCGGACAUUCCCCACCCCUACCAUAGAGUGUAAGGAAGGCCUGAGGGGGCAGUAGCCAGGCAGGCCCUUGUCCAGCCCAGAGAUAAUGGCGGGCCAGGACGCGUCCCCUCUGGAGCUCUGGGAGUGGGAGAGGGCCUGGUGCCGGACAUGCGGACUAGGCCCGGGGAGCCCCAGGGCCUUCCUAUGCCUCUCGGUGGGCACUGGGGUGUGGCCUCUAACACCUGCAGGGGGCAGAGGAGGGAGCUUCUGUAACUCCCUGCCCUUGCCACAGGGUACCCAGCAAGAGGGAAUUCAUCCCACGUUCCCCCUUG